AUGGCAUUUCAGUGUUUGUCUUGGAUCAGCAUUCUUCUCUGCAUUGCGCAGGUCAGCUCAAUGCCCACUAAAUGCCAGCUUCAGCGGACGCUCAUGGCAAAAACCCACAACUUGCUGGAGACCAUGGUAUGUAGACCCCUAGAAGAAGAUGUGGGGGCCGCAAAGGCUGUUUAUAAGAGCCUGAUGAAGGUGAGCUCCCUGAUGGAGAGCGAUAGUUUUCCACAGUCCUGGGACGCUGAUAAGCUUGUAAAGUUUCAGAUCAUUGUGGACCGACAGAUCGAGGAGAGCGAAUGUAUCACGAGAAUCAAAACACAAAAGGAAGAAGAUGAUUUUGCUGUGAGAGACGCUGCACUUACAGACUAUUUUGACAAACUCGAGAAACUUUUGAAAGAAAAGGAGUUCAGUGUGUGCGCGUGGGAAGUGGUUCGCAGGGAGGUGCUGUCUGUUCUGCAGUUCAUUCUGGUGGAGAACUCAAACAAUUUUUGGUGA